GCCCCUCCCUCACCCGUUGCCUCCUCAGCUCCUCACGCUUCAGCUGCUCCUCCUCCCGCUCCUCCUCCUCCUCCUCUUCCUGGGCUCCUCCGCGCCGCUCCCGGCUCGCUGCGCGCUCUGCUCUUCAAGCUCUGCGGACCGCAGCAGCCAUGGCCGACAUCAAGACGGGCAUCUUCGCCAAGAACGUGCAAAAGCGGCUCAACCGCGCGCAGGAAAAGGUGCUCCAGAAGCUGGGGAAAGCUGAUGAAACAAAAGAUGAACAGUUUGAAGAAUAUGUCCAGAACUUCAAGCGACAAGAGGCAGAGGGUACAAGACUUCAGCGAGAACUCCGAGGAUAUUUAGCAGCAAUCAAAGGUAUGCAGGAGGCCUCGAUGAAGCUCACUGAAUCACUACAUGAAGUCUAUGAGCCAGACUGGUAUGGACGGGAAGAUGUAAAGAUGGUUGGUGAGAAGUGUGAUGUGCUGUGGGAAGACUUCCAUCAAAAGCUAGUGGAUGGGUCCUUGCUGACACUGGACACCUACCUGGGCCAGUUUCCUGAUAUAAAGAAUCGCAUCGCUAAGCGCAGCAGGAAGCUCGUGGAUUAUGACAGUGCUCGGCAUCACCUGGAGGCUCUGCAGAGUUCCAAGAGGAAGGAUGAGAGUCGGAUCUCGAAGGCAGAAGAAGAGUUUCAGAAAGCACAGAAAGUGUUUGAAGAGUUCAAUGUUGACUUACAAGAAGAGUUACCGUCGUUGUGGUCCAGACGAGUUGGCUUUUAUGUCAAUACUUUCAAAAACGUCUCCAGCCUUGAGGCCAAGUUUCACAAGGAAAUUGCAGUGCUUUGCCACAAGCUCUAUGAAGUGAUGACGAAACUCGGCGAUCAGCAUGCUGACAAAGCCUUCAGCAUCCAAGGAGCACCCAGUGAUUCAGGUCCUCUUCGCAUUGCAAAGACACCAUCACCCCCAGAGGAGCCUUCACCCCUGCCCAGCCCAACGGCUAGUCCCAACCACACAUUAGCACCUGCAUCUCCUGCCCCAGUGCGACCCAGAUCACCUUCACAGACAAGGAAAGGGCCUCCUGUUCCACCUCUGCCCAAAGUCACACCAACCAAGGAACUGCAGCAGGAGAACAUCAUCAAUUUCUUUGAGGACAACUUUGUACCAGAAAUCAAUGUGACAGCAUCUUCCCAGAACGAAGUCUUGGAGGUGAAGAAGGAAGAGACUUUGCUGGACUUGGACUUUGACCCUUUCAAACCUGAUGUGGCUCCGGCAGGUUCUGCUGCAGCGACCCACUCACCCAUGUCUCAGACAUUGCCCUGGGACUUAUGGACGACAAGCACUGAUUUGGUACAACCGGCUUCUGGAGGUUCAUUUAAUGAUUUCACCCAGCCCCAGGACACUUCAUUAUUCACCAUGCAGACAGAUCAGAAUAUGGCUGAAACGGAGCAGGCUCUAUCUACAGAGCCCCAAGCAGAGGAGCCUGCUGCUACUGCAGCUGCACCUACUGCUGGGCUGGACCUUGGGCUAGAGAUGGAGGAGCCAAAGGAGGAGGCCGUGAUCCCUCCUGGAACUGAUACUGGCGACACUGUGGAAACUGCAGUGCCAACUGAGGGGGCCCCAGUGGAGGAAGCAGGGGCAGAGAAGGCAGCCCUCCCUUCUGGAGAAGGAGAAGGUCCAGAGGGAGCCAGAAUUGAUGCAGAAAGCACGGAGCUUGCCAGCAGUGACAGCGCUCAACCAGCAGAGCCGGAAGCAGGUGCUCCUCAGGAGAAAGUCAUCCCUUCUGUUGUCAUCGAGCCAGCCUCCAACCAUGAGGGAGAAGGAGAACACCAAGAAACUGCUACGGGUAUUGAAACGAGGGAGGCCUCUGAGGAUGUGGCUCCCCCAGGCCCAGCGGGUGAGAAGCAGGAAGUGGCUACAGAGCCCACACUUCUGGAUUCUCAGGCUGCAUCGGCAGGUGCUGUGGAUGCCUCGCUGUCUGCAGGGGAUGCCACUCAGGAACUGCCUCCUGGCUUUCUCUACAAGGUGGAAACCCUGCAUGAUUUCGAGGCAGCGAACUCUGAUGAACUUACCCUACAAAGGGGCGAUGUGGUGCUCGUGGUGCCCUCAGACUCAGAAGCCGACCAGGAUGCAGGCUGGUUGGUAGGGGUGAAGGAGUCAGACUGGCUUCAGUACAGAGAUCUGGCCACAUACAAAGGCCUCUUUCCAGAGAACUUCACCCGGCGCCUGGAGUAGGGCUGCAGAUGUUGCAGAAGGGUCACGUGACUGGGUUCUCAAACCUUCAUGAAAUGCAGAGGAGUUCACUUUUGCGACUACACUCUUAAUGAUUGACAGACUGGUGCCAGAUGAGGCUUAGGAAGACUGACCAAUAGAGCAUGUGUGCAAAAACUAUCAGAAGAGGGGAAAAUAGCAAACUAAGGAAAGAGUCCUUACUCUGUUCCCUGUGUUCAAUAGAGGUCAGUUCGUGCUUUGUCUAACCGUGGACACUGGUACUUGAUUCCCCUCCUACCAAGUCGAAAGUAGCUUUCUGCAGACCAGACUUUGACUUCUUUGCAUCAAGUGUGUGGUGUCGAGUGGUUGCCCUGCAGAUGUGAUGAGUUAUCCUGUAGUAAGACAUCAUCUUACUCCCUUGCCCAAUGUGAGCACGUGCUCUCUUUCCCUUUCAAGUUUACUGUGUUUAAAACUAAACAGCUGCAAACGUUCUUAACAGUCUUUUCCAAUCACCUCUAUAUACAUAUGUACUGACACACAGUCGCACAAGCUAGUCCCCAUGCCUGCUGGACCUAUGUGUAUGCAAAUGGCUACAUAUACAUAGCUGACUCCUUCCCUUUCCACUGUAGCUCUCCACCUCUCAAGUGUCAUUGAUACACACAUUGCUCUUAUUUGUCGGCAUUACAGCUGCAGUUUUGCCUUGGGGCAAAACCACUCAUCCCAUUGCCAAAACAGUUGACAGUGUCUGUGUGUGUUGUGUGCAGUUUUCAGGAUGAUAUAACAGAUAGCCCACGCUGCUGCCCCUUUGGAGAGAGCAGGGCCUGGUUGUGUAGCUUCCCAGCUGCUCAGUCCAGAUAAAUCCAUGGACCAGCAUCUAUGCAGUCAUCAUUUCUGCCUUUAUGUGAUUGGCUGGACGAGGGGGCAUAAGAACCUAUUUAUAAAAGCUCCUAUAUACUUCCAUGUUCUAUUUAUGCAACUCAUCUUCACAGAUCAUUCUAAAAUGAAUGAGGUGAUGUAUGCUAUACCACAAACCAUCUGUAAAGGUUGUGUUCUCAGUGCUGUGUCAUUCCAAAUAAACCUUUGGUAAUCUCCAAGCUACA